UAAAAUGUAUUUUUCGUAUAUUUCGAGGCGAAGCGAUAUAAAUAAAUAAUAAAUAAAAACAUAAAUAAGUAUAUGUAUAAAUUCGCCUUGGUAUACGUUUUGUACAUCAUAAGUGAUCAAUAGUUUAAUUGUGACCGACGACCGAGGGCAUACAUAGUUAAUAAUAAUGAGCAAUGCUGCUUCCAUUUUGUCAGACCUUAGACCAUGUGGUUAUGUCUUGGCCACUAGCCAGUAUAAAUAUUUUGCAUUGAAAUGCCUUUAUUGUGACAAAAAUUAUGGUCAAUGGGCAACAUUUCUGCAGCAUUUAAGGGAGCUUCAUAUGGGUGUUGAAGAUGAAACACAAUGGCUUGUUGAAUAUCCUGAGGAUGCAUUGGAACCACAGGUUGAAAGUAAAAGACUGACAACGGUGGAUUGUCAUACGCAUUGUGUCGACGUAGAUAUGGAAACGAAUGAUAGAAGGAUUUCCCCGAACCAGAGUGAGUUGAAUAAAAAGGUUAAUGAAUCGGAAGAUAUAUCCGAGGAAAGUCAAGCGGAUGAAGAUGUCAAUGCCGAGAGUGCGGAGAACGUACUCGUUGUACAUUCUGAUAUUGAAAACUCAUUAAACAAAUCUAUUUACGAAGAAGAUAUGAAUGAUUCACAGGGCGAUUUACAUUUUAACAUGAACCAAAAUCCUAUAUCUCCAGAAUCUUUUACACAAGAGAUUAAUAUAGAUUUGAAAGUUGAAAAUGUAGCAACGCACAAAUUCAUUGAAAUAUACCAAUUCUUUCCCACUCUUUGGUCAAUGAAAAAUUUUGGUAAUAAUACCAAUAGAAAACAAUGUCUUGCAAAAAAGGAUAUAUUAAGAGCGUUUGCCGAGCAAAAUAUGCUAAUUUCUACAUCUAAUUUAGAAGAGUCUCUUUCUGAACUUCGCCGUCAAUAUAUUGACAUAGCUAGAAGGUUGGAGGAAGGAAUCGAAAUUUCGGCUAUUGAAGAAAACUACUUAAAAGCAUGCUCGUUUCUAGAAUCCUACGCAAAAUCGGUGCUCGAACAAGGUCCCAUUACGGAGACGGAAAGCGAAAGUUCUUUCGUUGGCCAAAGUGAAAAUGAGUCAUCAAAUGAAAAAGAAUAUAACUAUGACACGCAAAGUGGAUGUGACUUAUCAGAUGAUGGCAUAGAUACGCUUCAAGAUAAACGCCAAACCUCUGUUGUGAAGUUUUCUACCCGAAAUAAUAUUACACGUGAUUUCAUUCAAUGCUUUCGCGAUCAGCCUUGUUUAUGGAAUCCACAUGACCCAGCUUAUAAUGACUUUAAGGAGCGCCGGCAAGCGAUCAUCAAAAUAAAAGACUUCUUUUUGAAUAACUAUAGUUUGCAGCUUACGGAAGGAAAAAUCAACAGUGACAUUAAACGAUUAUACAUUUUUUACAAAAGAUGCUAUUAUUCAUGCCGAGAUUUAAAUACAAUUCGUAAAUAUUAUUACGAACGCUGCAAGUUUUUAGCAGAUGCGGAAUUGGACAAUAUGCAUCUAAUACGUAGUAACGGCUAUAAGAAAAUCUCAUUUUCCGUAAGUGAUGAAUUUACACUUGGGUUUAUCGACUUCUGUGCCAUGCACCCUGUACUGUGGGACAAAUCUCACCCUAAUUAUUCAGUGUUAAAUAUUCGCAAAAAAGCUUAUGAAGAAAUCGCCGCGAAUUUACAACAUAUAUACAAUGUCGAAUUCAGCCAUGAUGAGCUUUAUUACGCUAUCUCUCGGCUGAAGCAGCACUUUUAUAACUUGCAGCAAAAGAAGAUCCUAAAUGAAUCACUAACAAAAGACGAGCAGGAUUUCAUAGCACGUUGUAAUUUUCUGCCACAAUCCGACUACAAUUUACAAUGCCAUAUAUGCGAGCGUAUAUUACGCAGCAAUGCCACGUUGCAGACACAUUUGCUAAAAGUGCACAAUAUUGGUGAGCUACCACACAAAUGUGAUUAUUGUGAACAACGUUUUGCACAACGAAGUAUAAAAAGGGAGCAUCAAAUACGCGCUCAUACAAAAGAAUUCGAAUGGUUUUGUCCCUACUGUGCGAAAGGAUUUGCCAAUCGUCGUGACAUGGAAAUGCACCAAAUGGUACAUACCGGAGAGCGAAAAAGUAUUUGUGAACAUUGUGGCAAGGGUUUUCGCCUUAAGCACCAAAUGACAGAGCAUGUAAAGAUUAUGCACGAACGUUUGCGAAGAUUUAAGUGCACUAUGUGCCCUAAAGAUUUUUUGCGAAAACGUCAGUUAGACGAUCACAUACGUACACAUUUAAAUAUACGUGAUAAAAUUUGUAAUAUUUGUGGCAAAGGGUUUACAAAUAUGCAUGGCCUCUUCCGUCAUAAGCUACUGCAUUCAGAUGUUAAGCGCUAUGAAUGCAAAGUUUGUGGUGAACGCUUUCGAUUGAUUUCCGGUUUGAGCUCACAUAAAAAGCGAAAACAUAAAACUUUUAAGCAGCAAGUAAUUUCUACAAAUGUAUUUAUUGAAGAGGAGGAGGGAGAAGAUGAAAAUGCAAACGGUAAGUGAAUGAUGAGAGUUCUUGAUUGUAGUCAAAUUUAUGUAGUAAUUGAUAUUGGACAAACUACAAAAAAAUACAGCGCAUUGAUCUCUAAUAACAAGCCUCGCUACCUGUGGGUGCCGAUUUCGGAGACCAACCACUACCAAAAGAAUCACUCGAAGAGCACUACUUGACUUUCCUAAAUGUUUUACUUCGAUAUUUCAAGUAGAUAUACAUAUGUACGAACAAGGCACAUUUCAGCUCGCUACUUCUUUGCUUGAUUCGAAGAUUUUUCGUUUUGGCGUUCUAUUAAAGCUGGAUAUCCUUGUUAUUAUAAUCUGACUAUUAAAAAAGCAACACCGUCUAUAUCGAUUCAGUUGGCAUUCUCUUCUAAAUAGGAGAGUGGAAGUAUUCUUUCGAGAAAAAAAGAAAACCGUUUGUAACAUUUUCUGUUUUUUACUUUAUUUAAUAAAUUUUUCUUAAUUUCGUGUACCACACUGCACAAAUUGCCGCCAUUUAUGACAAAUAACUGUGCGAGUUGAUAGAUAACUUGAAGUAUUUUUUAAAUUUUAAGAG